AUGGUGAGGGAUUAUCCGGGCAAAGAAGAUCCUCGGAAGCUCGCGCUUACAUAUGCUUACAAGCUAGAUGUCUAUUAUAUAGCUAUCCGGCUUGGAGAGCAUUACGGUGAUAAUAUCCUGGUUCGUGUCCCAGGAAACGGAGUAAGAGGAUGGCUGGAUGCCUCGCAUGAGCCGAGUAAUUGGCUAAAAUACAUUCGCAGCACUGCUAGUCCACAUGCCGUCAAUAUGCGCCACGUUCUCGUCGCCGGACAGAUGGUUUACGAAACACUGAGAGAAAUUUCUUCAGGUGAAGAGCUUCUGAUGGGGUUGAGAGAGCCGCUCCAAUUGCAAGACAUGCUGGGAGAGAACACCACCGAAGACAGGACAGACCGCGAGACUGCAUCGCAGCACAGUGGGACUGUCGAUGAGGAUCGCGAGGACGAGGAAGAUUGUGAAAUAAGGUGUCCAGUUUGUGAUAAACCCUUUCAAGAUCUUGAACUAUUAGACAAUCAUCUAGUAACAGGACACCGUUACCCAUCAGACCAACACAUCUGCGAGAGCUGCCCCCGAGCAUACGCCUGGCGUCCUCUGCUAGUGCGCCACCGGGCAAUAAUCCACGGAGACUUACGAAAGUACCCUUGCGAGAACUGCCCAAAGGUCUUCACGGAUCCAUCGAACCUGCAGCGGCACAUCCGUACGAACCACGUGGGGGCGCGUAGCCACGCUUGCACAGAGUGCGGAAAGACGUUUGCGACCAGCUCAGGCCUAAAACAGCACACCCACAUCCACAGCAGCGUGAAGCCGUUCCAGUGCGAGGUCUGCUUCAAGGCCUACACCCAGUUUUCAAACCUGUGCCGACACAAGCGGAUGCACUCCACCUGCCGCAUGCAGCAGAACUGCCUCCGCUGCGGCCAGUCGUUCAGCUCCGGAACAUCUCUAUCAAAGCACAAGCGGUUCUGCGACUCAACCUCAGCGCCAGGAACGCCCGCCAGACAAUCUGGCACGAUGCCGCUGCCCUCAGCGACGGCCUCCAACCCCUUUUUAGUCUACCAGCGCCAGCCAGUCUCACUGCCCGGCGGCCUGCCGUUCUACCCUCACAACCUGAUGCCGCCGUACCCUGGGCUGUUCCCCAACGCUCCGAGUUUCCUCAACACCCCGCUGCUGUUUCCUCCGAAGCUGCAUCAGCACCAGCAGCCCCAGUCCCAGCCGAGUCAGCACCAGCAGUCGCCUGAGGUCAAGAGGGAAGAAAUAAAACGCAGUGAAAGUCCCAAAAAGGAAAGAUUCACUCCGCCCCAGAUGUCCCACAUGCCCCAGGCCAGCAAGGUCUCUCCCUCCAUGGCCGAGGAGGCUACCUCGACAUUCAGACCCUCUCCUGCGAGGCCGCCCGUCCAGGUGACUCCUACUCCUACUCCUACUCCUACUCCUACUCCUACUCUUACUCUUACUCCUGGCGCAGACAGCGACGAGGAGAGACGCAUCCUGGAGACCAAACUGCUCAAGAGAGAGAGCAGUACUGAAGAAUCUGAGCAGCCUUUGGAUCUCAGGGUGCUUAAGAAGCCCAAGGUGGCUCUGGAGGCGCCUCUGGAGGAAGUUCCAGUCAAAGCAGAACCAAUCAAAGCAGAACCCCACUCAGAACUUCUGAAACAGGAGAGAGAAGACAAGCCAGAGCCUGAAAUAAAAGCUCAGAGUCCUAGACUCACUCACAGAGAAAAUCCUCCGACUCCGCCGAUGGCUUACCCGCGGCCGAUCCAUCCGAUGUUCCUCGAAGCGAUGUACCGGCCUACUAACUCCUUUCCGGGGUUCCCAGGAGCUCCGCCGAACGAGUCAAGGCUCCUCCCGCCAUUGCACCCCUUUGGACCUCCCAGGAUCCCUUUUUUAGGGAACCUGAUGAACAACCUUGGUGGAAGCCGCGGUGACUUUGAUCUUCUGUCUCGCAACCCUCUAGGCGGCUUUCCUGUUAAGCCUUUUCAAAAUGUGAUGUCUCCGCACCACCCACACCCCCACUCCCACUCCCACUCCCACCACCACCACCACCACGUGUCAGGGAAGGUCAAGGACCGGUACUCUUGUAAGUUCUGCGGGAAAGUCUUUCCCAGGAGCGCGAAUCUGACUAGGCAUUUGAGGACUCACACUGGCGAGCAGCCUUACAAGUGCAAGCACUGCGAGAGGUCUUUUAGUAUCUCGAGCAAUCUUCAGAGACAUGUCAGGAAUAUUCAUGAUAAGCAGCGACCGUUCAAGUGUCCGCUUUGCGAGAGGUGCUUCGGUCAGCAGACCAACCUGGACAGACAUCUUAAAAAACAUGAAGCUGAUGAUGGCAGUGUGGUGGUUUCUGUCGCGGAUUCCCCCAGCAGCAGCAAUGACAAUGAGCGCGAGGAUGCAUAUUUUGAUGAAAUAAGGUCUUUUAUGGGAAAAGUCGCGUAUGGAAGCGAUAGCAGUUAUGGAAUGACACAUCCGGCGUAUUUACCUCCUAGGUUGGAUGGUAAGGAAGCUGAUUAUGAUGAUGACGAGUACAGUGAGGAGGGAAUCUCGCCUCUGGAUGAUGCAGAUAAUUUAUCCGUUGAGGGGAAAGAGUCGCCGACCAUGGCGCAGCAGUAUGAGAUUAAGUGCAGGAAUAAACAGGAACUUCUUAAUAAUAAUACUGCUGAACCUGUCAUUGAAAUCUCAACAUAG